CGGGGGCGGAGGGCUGCCGUAGCGUCGGCCCGGCCGAGUCGGGGGUGGGGGCUCGGAGGCUGAGGAUUCCGCGGCCGUGGGCUGGCGUCCGUGUGGCCUGCUCCUGGCCAUGUCUGCGUGAAGACGCCGCUGCUGCCGCCCCUGUCCCACUCGGUCCUGGCCAGCCCGGCCCGCUGUGACCAUGGGCUCCAUCCUGAGCCGACGCAUUGCGGGCGUGGAGGACAUCGACAUUCAGGCGAACUCGGCCUAUCGCUACCCCCCGAAGUGCGGAAACUACUUUGCUACACACUUUUUCAUGGGAGGUGAGAAGUUUGACACCCCCCACCCUGAAGGUUACCUCUUUGGAGAAAACAUGGAUCUGAACUUCCUGGGCAAUCGCCCGGUCCAGUUUCCUUAUGUCACCCCCGCUCCCCAUGAGCCAGUGAAGACGCUGAGGAGCCUAGUGAACAUCCGAAAAGACUCGCUCCGGCUUGUAAGGUAUAAAGAUGGUGCCAACAGCCCCACCGAGGACAGCGAGAAGCCCCAUGUCCUCUACAGCCUGGAGUUCACCUUCGAUGCCGAUGCCCGGGUGGCCAUCACCAUCUACUGCCAGGCGGUGGAGGAGUUUCUCAACGGGAUGGCUGUGUACAGCCCCAAAAGCCCUGCCCUGCAAUCUGAGACUGUCCACUAUAAGAGGGGUGUGAGCCAGCAGUUCUCUCUGCCCUCCUUCAAGAUCGACUUCUCAGAGUGGAAGGACGAUGAGCUGAACUUCGACCUGGACCGGGGAGUGUUUCCAGUGGUCAUCCAGGCCGUUGUGGACGAAGGAGACGUUGUGGAGGUGACUGGCCACGCCCACGUGCUGUUGGCUGCCUUUGAAAAGCAUGUGGAUGGCAGUUUCUCCGUGAAGCCGUUGAAGCAGAAGCAAAUUGUAGACCGGGUCAGCUACCUGCUGCAGGAGAUCUAUGGCAUUGAGAACAAGAACAACCAGGAGACGAAGGUAUGUGCUGUGCCUUCAGACGAGGAGAACAGUGACAACAGCAAUGAGUGCGUGGUGUGCCUGUCAGACCUGCGGGACACGCUGAUCCUGCCCUGCCGCCACCUGUGCCUGUGCAACUCCUGUGCCGACACGCUGCGCUACCAGGCCAGCAACUGCCCCAUCUGCCGGCUGCCUUUCCGGGCCCUUUUGCAGAUCCGGGCGGUGAGGAAGAAGCCAGGAGCCCUGUCCCCCGUCUCCUUCAGCCCCGUUCUGGCCCAGAGCGUGGACCACGAUGAGCACUCUUGUCCCUUUAAAAAAUCAAAGUCGCACCCUGCCUCACUGGCCAGCAAGAAACCUAAAAGGGAAACUAGCUCGGACAGCAUCCCGCCGGGCUAUGAGCCCAUCUCUCUGCUUGAGGCGCUCAACGGCCUCCGGGCCAUCUCCCCGGCCCUCCCCUCGGCUCCCCUGUAUGAAGAGAUCACCUACUCGGGCGUCUCGGAUGGUCUGUCCCAGGCCAGCUGCCCACUUGCUGGGCUUGAUCGCAUCAUGGAAAGCAGCCACCAGAAGGGCAAGUCGCGGAGCAAAUCCCCCGACAGCACCCUGCGGUCCCCAUCAUCGCCCAUCCACGAAGAGGAUGAGGAGAAGCUCUCCCAGGACUCGGACGCCCCUCCCCUACCGAGUGGGGCUGGGCUGGUGCUGAGCAGCUCCCCAGAGAGUUUCCUCACGGAGGAGGUUGACGAGAGGUCGUCGCUAAAGCAAGGGAGCCGUGUACCUUCCAUUGACAACGUCCUCCAGGACGGCAGCCCUGAGCCCUGUGGCUGCUGCCAGCCCGGCCCACCUACCGACAUCUACCUUCCAGGAAGGUCCAUCUCCAUGAAGACGCCGGAGCCUCCUCGCCACUGGCCCCACCUAGUCUCUGGAGGCCCAGUCCUGACGUGGAGGCCACCGCCCGACUCAACUCUGAGAGCCUGGCCAGGCUGGCAGCAUGGAGCCCUCAGCUCCCCAGACUUUGCCAAGGGGCUGUCUGGACUCCAUUGAGACCCCUGGCCUCUCCUGUCUGCACACCCUUCAUAGCCACGGCUCCAAGGGGCCCUGCGACCCUUGAUUGAAGAGCACAGUGGACUGUCCCCCUGACAAACCUUUUUUGCUGCGGUCUCUGUAUUUGUAAAUGGUACACGAUGAAGGACAGCCCCUUUCUGUCUCGGGCACUGAGCUCUGAGUUCCCCCAAAUCUCUUGUUGGCUGAAUGGCUGGAGCUGGAGGCUGGCUACCCACAUGUCCCAGAUUGGCUUUAUCCAGCCCCCCAGCCAGUGGGAGGCUGACACCCUGAGAACUCGGCAAACCGGCAGGAGAGAAUUUAUCGGUGGGUGAAGUACUGUCUUCCCAGGGGGUAGUACUGGGGGGGCUUGUUGUUGGGGGAGGGAAGGAAGGGGGAUCCGAGUCACGGUCAAUGAAGGAAACGAUGCCUGUGCCCUUCCCCCGAGUUCAUGGCCUGGCUGGCACUGCUGCUGUGUCCUCUGUUGCUUCCCCUCCCGCGCAGGCCCUACGUGCAGGGCUGUGUAGCUCGCAGCCCUUCCCUGCGGCCCUGCGCAGCCUGCGUUUCUGCACUCGAGGCCCAGGUCUGGUUUUGGGCCUGACUCUUCCCAGGGGCAGAGGUGCAGUGCACAGCCUAUUGGCAGCAGUUGGUCUAGUGCCGUGGUCGGCAAACUGUGGCUCGCGAGCCACAUGCGGCUCUUUGGCCCCUUGAGUGUGGCUCUUCCUCAGCCUUAGGAGUACCCUAAUUACGUUAAUAACAAUGUACCUACCUAUAUAGCGUAAGUUUAAAAAAUUCGGCUCUCAAAAGAAAUUUCAGUCGUUGUACUGUUGAUAUUUGGCUCUGUUGACUAAUGAGUUUGCCGACCACUGGUCCAGUGGCCCCUCUCCAGGCCCUGCACCUUCUCAGAGGUGGCUUUCACACGUCCUCCGACCCCCUCCAGGGGGAGGGGCCUCCGCUCAGCUUGUCGGCCCGCUCAGGGAGGGAUCUGAGCAACGUUUCUGCUCCCUCCGUGCCCUUUAAAUGCCACUCGGUGUUUCUCUGAUUUGUUCUGUCGGGCUCCUGUGGUGGGGCCUGCCUCCUGGAGAAGGGUCCCAUUUGAAGUGGCCGCAUCAUUUUCUUAAGAUAAACCACCCGGGCAAUAGAAAAGCAGAGGAGGCACAGGCUGCCCAAGCAGGGACCUUGGCCUGGUGGGUGGGAGGGUCUGUGCAGCUCCCCAAAGGGCCAACACUUCUGGGCCUUGGAUUAGGGGGUUCAGAGGAGCUCGCUUUUUGAGGAUGAUGGUUCUGGGAACAUCCACACAGCUGGGGGCUUUGUCCAGUAGGGUCCUUGUUCUCUCUCCAAUGGGCUGUGAGCAGAGUGCUGCCUUACCCACAGCUCUCGGCCACACUCGGCCACCUUCCUCAGCCGCUUGGCUCCCUGUCUCCCCCCCACCCCCAACUCCCAUCCACUGGUGUGCUCAUGGGUGCACAUGUGCACACAUACAGGCUCUCUCUCUCCUCGCCCUCAUCACCCACCAACACCCUGGCCUCUUGCCGUUGGCAUUGGUGCCAGUACUCCGAAUGACAGGAUGGAGUACCCUGUCUUGGACUUAAACAUGCUAUCAUUUGAUGUAUUCUGAUUGGCUAGUUUUUGUUCCUUUUUACUGUAUAUUUAUAGUAAUAAAAUCAUCCAGCAAUA